AUGACUAUCAAUCAGGCAAUCACGUCCGCAACCAAUUCUUCCAGCUCUUCAGCUAAGACUGGAAAGAAAGAAACAUGGGAAGAAAUUGGAGCACGUAAGAGGGCAGCUCUCCUAGCUUCUAUACCGGAAGAGUGGCGUGUCCCAGAUCAUCUUUUGCCUCCUGAUUCUCAGGACGACGUGACAGGAUGGCCGCAAACUUCCGGCUGGUUCACUGCUGAAGAGCUUGCCAUCACCGAGCUCUCAGCUUCCGAACUCAUACCGAAACUCGCGUCUGGCGCGCUCAAGUCUGUGGUUGUAACUCGGGCAUUCUGCAAGAGGGCAGCAGCAGCUCACAAACUUACGAAUUGUUUGUCUGAAACAUGUUUUGCUCGCGCUCUCGAAACAGCAGAGGCCCGUGACGAGCAUCUGGCUCGCACAGGAAAGCCACUGGGACCUCUACAUGGGCUGCCCGUUUCAUUGAAGGACAAUUUCAAUCUCAAAGGGCUCGAUGCUACCGUCGGCUUCGCUAGCCACGUGGAUGCCCCGGCUGAGUACGACUCAACGCUCGCCACCAUACUCGAAGAUGCAGGCGCUGUGUUCUACGUCAAAACGAAUGUUCCAACAGCGAUGAUGAUCGCUGAAUCUGUCAACAACGUUUUCGGUCGAACGGUCAACCCUAGAAACAGGCAGGUGACCUCAGGCGGCAGCAGCGGCGGGGAGUCUGCCCUAAUUGCAUUCAAGGGCAGCUGCCUAGGCGUCGGAACAGACAUUGGUGGGAGCCUUCGGAUUCCCGCUGCCUGUACGGGGAUAUUCACUCUAAAGCCCAGCUUUGGGCGCUUCCCUACACUCAAAUGCCGUAGUGGCAUGCCGGGGCAGGAGGCUGUUCAGAGCGUGAAUGGGCCUCUGGCAAGGACCCUCGACGACAUUGCCCUCGAAGCCAAGACGGUCGUUGACGCGGAACCAUGGCUUCACGAUCCUCGCAUGGUUCCUAUCCCGUGGAGGGAGAUCAAGCUGCCCGAGAAGUUGAAGAUCGCCGUGAUGUGGAACGACGGAAUCGUCACGCCAACGCCUCCUGUCUCACGAGCUCUGCGAGCCACGGUGGAGAAGCUGCAAGCCUCUGGGCAUGAAAUCGUAGCCUGGGACCCGAAAGAUCAGGCGCAGGGAGUGCGGCUCUUGGACCGCAUGUUCCUCGCAGACGGCGCGGUUUCGAUUCGCAAAGAGCUCGAGCGAACUGGGGAACCUAUCCGGCCCGAAAUGCGGGCGUAUUCAGAGGCCAACGAGCUUGGCACUUAUGAUAUGUGGCAACUCCACCUUGAGAGGACAGAGUUUCAAAAGCGCUACCUGGACAGGUGGAAAGACGCAGGAAUCGACGCGAUUCUUUGUCCCACGACGCCAUACAGCUCAGUGCGGAACGGAGGAUUCAAAUACGUUGGGUAUACCGGCGUUUUCAACGUCCUAGACUAUUCUUCUGUCUCCUUCCCGACCGGGAUAUUUGGAGAAAAGGAAGUUGACGCGCCAUCGAAUGACCACAAGCCCCUGAGCGAUAUUUGCAAAACGACGCAUGCUGAAUAUGAUGCAGAACUUGUCCAUGGACUACCAGUAAGUCUGCAAUUGGUUGCUGGGAGAUUACAGGAAGAGAAGGUUAUAGCAAUGGUCCAGCGGAUAUUGGAGACUCUGUCGUAA